AUGGUCACAGAAAACGUAAACCCUCGAUAUCCGCCUCCCUCGGCUGAUUUCGACCUCCCCGGCCGGCGAAGAAUUCCCCACCCACCGCGAUUGGAGUCAUUGACCGAUCCACGCACCCGAACCGCAAAUUCCGCUCCGAGAUCUGCGCCUCGCUCUCCCCGCUCACCACGCCAAAGAUCGCGUUCGCCUCUGCCGCGGACUCAGAAUCCUCAUCAAAACCCGUGGCCGCCCACUCCGCCUCACCAUGGCCCCUCGCAGGGUACGAGGGGUGAAUGGAAAACCCCUAGACCUACCGGUCGCCCUCAAAUAUACGCCACACCACCUGACACCCAUCCCCCGAACUGGUCUGCGCGAGACGACUUCGAACGAUCGAUGCAUCGGAAACCUGUGCCUACGCGAGGGGGUCUCCGUAUAUCCAUGUCAACUUCCAGGUUGAACAGUCGGCGGCCGAGGACGCGGGAUUCUAUGGAGCGCCGCCCACAGGACUUGAGCCCCCAGGGACUGCCAUUGUCACGCUUCCCAACAAAUGGAACCGAUGAAAAUCCUCCCCGCCCAAGCGUCAAUUCGUCCGAAACCUGGCGCUCGAGUAUUGAACAAGCUAGUGGAACAGAGCGCAGCAGUGUUCUGACCAAGAGCAGCUCAAUCACCGAUCUUUCGCCGGAUACUCCCGACGCGCCGUAUGGGAUGGACAAUGGGAUGAGUGUCGAAGACGCCAUUUCCAUGUAUCUUGACGGCUUUAGCGACGUGACUGAAGAGCCUGGCUCGCCGAAAUCCUACGCAGGGAGUAAAGCGCCAUCAGUAACGCCUCCGCCAUCACGCGAUUCACACCUCGAUGAAGUACAGCCACUAGAAUUUCCGUCGCUGAGCGACGCUCCUCCGAUACCCCCGAUACCAGAAUAUACCAUUUCGCAAAUCACGAGGCCAGAUUCAUUGUUUUUGCCAAACUUGACUUACUCCGAACCCACCCCCGUACCGCCCAUACUCCCACAAUCUGCGCCAGAGUCCACACCAUUGGAAGCCGCACUACCAGAAUAUCCACAAGAAACCGACCCGUCAGACCCUAUUAUACCUGACUCUCCGCCCGAUCUCACUCCCUCCGUAUCGCCGGUACCUGAAGAACAUGAGGUGAAUCCUACACACCAACGACAACCCUCGAAAAAAGUGUUCAUUCCUGGACUAGUCCCACCGCAACUCCGCUCUGGGGAUGGCCCUCGAGACGAUUAUGGAUUCCGCAAAGCUACCCAAUAUGUAACUUUGGAUGAAUACGAGGCCUGGAAAGCUUCCUACUCCCACCAUGUGACCCAACGGAGAGCCAAAUGGUGUGAAUUGCUGAAGGAAAAUGGGCUGCCCACAUCACAGCCCACAACAUUCCCGCCGCAGUCUUCCAAGGUCAAGCGAUUUGUUCGCAAAGGAAUUCCUCCAGAGUUUCGAGGUGCGGCUUGGUUCUUUUAUGCCGGCGGGUACGAGCUUUUGAACCAGAAUUUUGGCAAGUAUGAUAAACUUGUUGCGAGUGCCAUGAGCUCACCAAGUAACGACGAUAAGGAGCACAUCGAGCGUGAUCUCCACCGCACAUUCCCUGACAACCUUCAUUUCAAACCGGAACCUACCGCUGAGCAAGCAGAGCAUUCCGGGAGCAGCAAUCCGAAUUAUUCUAAUGUCACUACGGAGACGCAGAUGAUUCAGUCUCUACGUCGGGUUCUGUAUGCUUACGCGCUGCAUAACCCCAAAGUCGGAUAUACCCAGUCUCUGAAUUUCAUCACGGGAAUGCUGCUUCUUUUCCUCCCCGAGGAAAAAGCAUUCUGGAUGUUGCAUAUAAUUGCUGCAGACUACUUGCCUGGAACCCAUGAGAUCAGUUUAGAGGGUGCCAACAUUGACCUCUGGAUCCUCAUGGUUCUGCUCCGGGACACCAUGCCAGCCAUAUAUUCCAAGAUCGCUGCUAUGGGAGGGACCCCGUCGGGACGAGGCAAAAUGCCUCCUUUGACAGUGACCUCUCGACUGCCAGACAUCACCCUCGGUCUGACCAACUGGCUUAUGUCAGUUUUCAUCGGAAGUUUGCCUCUAGAAACCACGCUGCGAGUUUGGGAUGUUUUCUUCUACGAGGGUUCCAAAACUUUCUUCCGCGUGUCUUUGGCAAUUUUCAAAGCAUGUGAAAAAGACAUCCUCGGUGUGACAGACCCCAUGGAAGCAUUCCAGAUUGUGCAAACCGUCCCUAAAAAGCUGUUGGAUGCCAACAUGUUGAUGGAUGAAUGUUUCGUACGUCGGCACCGCGUCGGACAAGGUCGUAUUGAAGAACUCCGAGCUCAACGUCGGAAGGCUGUCCGCGAAGAAAAGUUGCGACGAUCAGUAGCCUUCAGUAAAGGCCAGCUUCACUCUGGGACGGAUGAUUUCACGGGCCGAUCCCGUACACCAAUCCCGGGCCUCGAGCAUCGGGUGGUUGGUUCCUGGCGUCACUUGAAACAACAUGCAUUUCGUUAA